AGUGAGAUACCACUUGAGCGGACAGCGGACAGCGGACGAGCGAGCUGACGGAAAUGCUGUUGGCAAAGUGAGGAUAGGCCACAUGGUCGACCUGGUUUCACCCAGAUCUCCCAGUUAGAUGCGUGCAACACUUGCAUGGAGGCCAACACUACACCACUUCACAGCUAAGAAAUGUUCAUAGAAGGAGGGAACACUAGAUCCCCCUUCUAGCUGGGGCAAGGGACACCUGGUUUUACAUGGACCUGACACCUCUGUCGCUCUCCCCCUCCUAUAAAGUAACUGGGAGAAAAGUUUGCCCUGGAAUGAAAGGUUGAACUUUGGGAGACAUAGAUUCCCACGGUGCUAGUGGGUACUAGGUACCUUCAUCUCUUCAACUUUGGGUGUAUGUGGUUUCCUUAACCAAGUCCUGGUGUGAGGUCAACGACCUGAUGGUUGAUCGUACACUCUGGACGUGGGAGUGCCUUUUAGAGAAUUGUUUGGUGCUGUGCAUGUAAUUCCACUGGAGGUAAUGGUGUAUUCUAGGAAAGUUUUGUGGAGCAUGGUUAUGGGUAUGGUGGAGAAAAUCACGCAUGACUCCUGAACCCAGAAGUAGAGUAAUAAGAAUAAGCGGAUAAGCUGCCUACCUGACGAGUCAAGAGUGAUUUUCUCAGUUAACACAUAAUUUUGGAUUUUCCUGUAUGUGCAUGCCACUGGCCAGGUUAUUAGUUACAAUCUUCGGGUUCUGUGCAUUAUGAAAAAUUUAGGAUUGAUAUUCUCUAGUGAUUAAUAUUAUUUUGUGGGGUUCUCCAGACAUGCUAUGAUUGAUCCAUAUGGAUUAUUUCGUCUGGUGCAAAUAAUAUAUGUUCUAUUGUGCAAGUAAUAUCGUUUUAAUUUAAUUAGUAUGCUAUUAAUGUUGGUGUAUGGCAAUGUAGGAUGUGUGAAUGGUUUAAUCCAAAUACAGUAUUUCCUAUUGUGCCAGUAAUAUUUUUUUUAAUUUCAUUAUUGUACUAUUAACAUUAGUGCCUAUUGAUGUAAGACAUGUUGAGAAAUUAAUCAAAUUGUCUCUUGUGCAAUUAAUAUAUUUAUUGAUGUUGUAAGGGGGUACUAUCUUUGUGAUACAAGUGUCAUAUCAUUACCAGUCCGUCUCUUUAAUCCCAAUCGCAGCAACACCAGUCCAGGUCAAGGUAAAUACUUUAUUCAUUUUAUUUGUGCUGGUUUGGUAUUCUGAGGGGCCCUUCCACUGCAUUACUAUACAGUACAUUAAAAUAAAAACCUUUUUACCGCAAGCAGUAAUGAGUAGGAUAUAACCCUUAAACAAAUAUUAUGUUAAGUUGUAAGUCAUGUCAUGUUUAGUGGGCGUGCCUGCCCAUAUAUAGAGUAUUUAGUUAGUGAAGUUACAGAGACAAGAAGUAGUAAUGGUGUUGUGUGGCAGUAGGUAAGGACUUGAUUGUAAGGACUUGAUUUGCCCCCCAGGCCCCGUUGUGGGUCGUUUGACCUGUGC